AUGUCACUUUCUUCAUCUCUGUCAUUAAAUUCAAGUCACUGGAGACACCAUGUGUUCCCAAGCUUCAGCGGCAAAGACGUUCGCAGAACAUUUCUCAGCCACCUUCUCAAGGAGUUCCGGCGAAAGGGAAUCCGCACGUUCAUAGAUAAUGAUAUCAAGAGAAGCCAAAUGAUCGGUCCUGAGCUCGAGCAAGCUGUCAGAGAAUCUAGGAUCGCUGUUGUAGUGUUGUCUCAGACCUACGCAUCUUCAAGCUGGUGUUUGGAUGAGCUGGUUGAGAUAAAGAGAGUCAAUCCAAAGAUCAUACCGGUUUUCUACGAGGUGAGUCCAUCUGAUGUGAGGAAACUAAGGGGAGAAUUUGGAGAGGCGUUUGAGGAAGCAUGUGAAGGAAAACCAGAGGAAGUGAAGCAAAGAUGGAGAGAAGCUUUGGUCUAUGUGGCUAAUAUAGCCGGCGAGUCUUCUCAAAACUGGGACAAUGAGGCAGAUAUGAUUGAAAAGAUUGCUAUGAGCAUUUCGAAUGAGUUGAAUUCAACACCGUCACAAGCUUUCGAUAAUCUGGUUGGAAUCGAUGCUCAUAUGAGAGAGAUGGAAUCUCUGUUGUGUCUAGAAUCAACUGAAGUGAAGAUGGUUGGAAUUUGGGGUCCUGCAGGUAUUGGCAAGACAACCAUUGCCAGAGCUUUGUUCAGGAGGCUCUCUGAAAACUUCCAACACACUAUUUUUAUGGAGAAUGUGAAAGGAAGUCACUGGAGAUCGGAAUUAGACGGUUAUGGCUUCAAGCUCCGUUUGCAAGAACAUUUUCUAUCUGAAGUUAUUGAUCAUAAGAAUAUGAAGAUACAUGAUUUAGGUUUGGUGAAGGAAAGAUUGCAAGAUCUGAAAGUUCUUGUUGUUCUUGACGAUGUUGAUAAGCUAGAACAACUUGAUGCUUUGGUGAAACAAGCUCAGUGGUUUGGUUCUGGAAGUAGGAUCAUCGUCACCACGGAGAACAAACAGCUUUUGAGAGCUCAUGGGAUCAAGCUCAUUUACGAGCUGAGUUUUCCAUCAAGAAGCGAUUCUCUUCAGAUUUUCUGCGAAUCUGCGUUUGGACAAAGCUCUGCUCCAGAUGGUUGUUCCGAGCUCGCUACUGAAAUAACAAAGCUUUCUGGCUAUCUUCCUCUAGCUCUCAAGGUUUUGGGGUCGUCUGUGAGAGGGAUGAACAGAGAUGAGCAGAAACUAGCGUUGCCUCGACUCAGAACCAGUCUCAAUGAGGAUGUUAGGAAUGUUUUACGAGUCGGUUAUGAUGGUUUACAUGAGAAGGAUAAGUCUAUAUUCCUUCAUAUUGCGUGUUUAUUCAAUGGUGAGAAUGUUGAUUAUGUGAAGCAGCUGCUUGCAAGUUCUGGCUUGGAUGUCAACUUUGGGAUAGAAGUCCUGACCAAUAGAUCUCUCAUAUGCAUAUCGAGAUGCAAACGCAGCAUUAGGAUGCACAGUUUGCUCGAACAGUUGGGUCGAGAAGUUGUUUGUGAACAGUCUCUUGACGAGCCUGGAAAACGUCAGUUCUUGGUGGAUGCUUCGGAGAUCUAUGAUGUUCUUGUUGAUAACACAGGCAGUGGAGCUGUUUUGGGGAUAUCUUUGGACAUAUCUAAGAUCAACGAGUGGUUUCUGAAUGAAAGAUCAUUUUGUGGGAUGCAUAACCUGAUGUUUCUGAAGUUCUACAAGUCCUCAUUGAGCAAAGAGGAUCAAACUGAGCUGCAUUUACCUGGAGGCUUGGAUUAUCUGCCACGUAAACUAAGGCUGCUGCAUUGGGAUGCAUACCCAAUGACAUCGAUGCCUUCGAGUUUUCGUCCUGAGUUUCUUGUUGUGCUAAACUUAAGAGAGAGCAAGCUUGAGAAGCUUUGGGAAGGAAUACAACCUCUUAGAAGUCUGACGCAUAUGGAUUUGAGCAUGUCUGAGAAUCUAAAAGAGAUUCCAGAUCUUUCAGAAGCAGUAAACAUCGAGGAGCUCUGUCUCAGUCAUUGCACAAGUUUGAUGAUGUUACCUUCCUCAAUCAAUAGCCUUAAGAAAUUGCUGGUUCUUGACAUGGAGUACUGCUCAAAGCUAGAGUCUUUUCCAACCAAUAUCAACUUGGAAUCUCUCACCAUUCUCAAUCUCGAUAAAUGCUCACAUUUGAAAGAGUUUCCAGAAGUUUCUUCGAAACUUGGGUUUGUCUCUCUGUCAGAAACUGCAAUAGAAGAAGUUCCGGAAUCAAUUUCGUCUUGGCCAUGUCUAGCAGCAUUGGACAUGUCAGGCUGCAAGAACCUCAAGAAAUUUCCAUGUCUUCCCAAGACCAUAGAGUGGUUGGAUUUGAGCAGGACAGAGAUCGAAGAAGUCCCUCCUCAGGUCGAGAAUCUCUUCAAACUCAAUAAAGUAUUGAUGAACAGCUGCAUGAAGCUAAGACGCAUCUCAUCUGGUAUUUGUAAGCUGGAACAUAUCGAAACGCUAGAUUUCUUGGGGUGCAAGAAUGUUGUGAGCUUCCCUGUAGAGAUCUUCGAGAGCUCUCGUUUCUGUCAUAACCUGGUGAUGGAAAUGAGGAACAUUCAAGACCCUGAUCUCCCUCGACCGUUUUAUUUCAGGAGUAGCUAUAUUGACACUGUUCCGGAUUGCAUCGCACGUCACUGCAAGCUGCCUUUUCUAAAUUCGUCAGGAUCAUCAUCAGUCUCCAGCAAUAUAGAGAAUAGUUUCGUUUGGUUCGAUGAACUAAGAUCCGCGGAAGAAUGGCAUGAACAUGCCGAGUAA